AUGUCUGAUACCGAUUCUAGCGAAUCAUCAUCAAAUAAAGAAAAACCAGCUCAACCCGUUCUUCCAAAAACAAUAGCAUUUAGGAAUUAUUCAUUAUUAGAUCCUGAUUUUGAACGAGAUUAUUAUAAUAAAUUUUAUACCCCAUCUUAUUACUUUGUUAAUGAUACUGUAGACAAAUCGCUAGAUAACAUAUCUCAAAUAAUCGAAUUUACUCCAUUAAAUCAGAUUAUUAAAGAUCCACCUGAAUUAAUUUCGAAAUUUAAAUCAUACAUUCUCAAUUUAAUACCACAACAAUCAUAUUCAGAUGUUUUAAAUCAAUGGCCUCCUAUUUUUCCUUCAAAAUCUCUUCAAUCUCGUCCAUUAUUUAAAUUAUUACUAAAAUUAGUUAAAUUAUCAAGGAAACCAGAUAAAAUUUUUGCAUGGUUCAUUUCAGAUGUAUUCAAUCGUAUUAACGUUGUUAUCAAUAAUAAAAAACCUUUACUUUCUUCUGCAAUUUUAAUUACGAAAUCAAGAUUAACAACAUAUGCAAUGCUCGACGAAAAAAUGUAUCUUCACAUUUACACUCAAUCCAAUCCGAAAAAGCGAUCGUUGACAUCUCUUUUCAAUGAAAAAGCUGUCAGAGCGAUUCCAUCUGAAGAUGGCAGCACUAUUACGAUUACUGGACCUCUGGCCAAUGUUAUUAACACAAUUACAUUAAGGAAAAAGGAACUUGUGACUCCUUUCUGCCAAUCUUUCUCUAAAAAACCUCCUCAUUUUUAUAUCUUUAUGUCUGACAUACAAAAUCCCAUUCCAAAGCCAAUGUACGAUGCAAUACUUCAAUCUCUUAUCAAUGAUGAUGGUAUUGCUCUAAGAGCUCUCGCUGCUCCUGAAACAAUUCCAAAUGAACACAAAGUGAAGGUCUUUAUCGCAAUUCUGGAUAUCGGAGCGUCAACAGGAUGUUUAAUUUCGAUGCUUUCUACCAUUUUUUCUGCAAUUUUCGAAUUGCCAGAUGCAAGUAUUAAAUUUUUGACUGGUCCUGAAUCAAUUAUCCUCACUUUGUCACAGGCAACAGCUAUAAGAUUCAAAGGUAACUUCCAAGAGACGUUUAUUACAGAAUUGGCAAGUUAUUUAACUGAAAAUAAGGAUAUUAACUUAUUUGAGAAGCCAAAGGAGUUUGAAGAUUGUCUUUUCACAUGUCUUGAUAAGAUAUUGACAACAAUUGACCAAAUUCCAAAGCCAAUCAGACUUGUUUGUUCAAUGAUCCAAAAUUUUGCUUGUUUAAGGUUCAAUAAUCGCGAAACUGUUUGGGCUCUUGUUGGUUUCUUCCUUGGAUCAUUCUUACAUAUUCUUUUGGACCAAAUUGCGAUGAAAAAUCAAGAAUCUCAAAAAAUUAUUAGAGAAAUCGGAAAAUUAGUACGAUUAACAUUCACCGCUAAUGAGUUCUUCCCUAAGUAUGCACUUCCUGGCUGGAAUGAACGUUUGUCUUCCGAAUUUAAACCAAAAUUAUACAUUUUCCUUGCAAAUGUCUGCAAAGUUCCACCCGAUGUUCAAUUUGGAGAUCCUCCCAAGUCACAUAUUAAGAUAGGAAUUGAAGAAAUCAUCAGAGUCAUUGCAGAACCAAAAAUUAACCAAAAAAUUUGCGAAAGUAUCAGAAAAAUUACUGAAGGAGAGGUCCUUCAUACAACAGCUUUGUCAUGGGCUGUUGCUGCUUCAAUUUCAAUGCAAUUCUCCUUGAAUCAAGAGAUGGUCGCUCCAAAUUACCCAGAAGUUCUUUCUCUCGCCCCAUUAAUCAAACCAAACAAUGAAGCUUCUGGUUAUGCUGCUCUUGUCGAUCCGAAAGAGUCAGAAAAACAAAAUAUUAAAAUUUCAUCUGACCAAAAAGAAGCGGAAAAGGAAGAAUCAAGUGAUUCCCCUGGAUUAAAGAUAGAUCAGAACGUUGCAAAGACAGCAGAACCUGAUUAUUCUUAUUAUUCGUAUUAUAGCGAUGAAUACGAAACAGAUGACAAAGAUGAAGAGAGUGAUUCCAAGAAAGUGGUCGUUUCCGUGGUUUCUGUUGAUCCUACUAAAAAACCUGUCGUAAAUGACAAAGAAAACGCGCAAGAUGAAGAUUCCAUUCAAUCAUACAGCGAUGUUUAA